CUCUCUCUCUCUCCCUCUCUCCCACCUUCCUGGACUUCUCCUUUUGUUCAAUUUUCUGACCAUUUGUUCAAUUUGGAAUCAAAAGCAAAACAAAACACCUCUCUCUAACUCUCUUUAUUUCUCCACAAAACUUGAAAGCCUCUUCUUCAGCUCUAAGGCUGCGACAACUGUGAGUAGAUCCGAGUGCGCAAGGUUUCAAAGCCAAGAAAAUGAGGAGUUUCAGCUUCUACGAGAGAGUUUCCAGAGCUUUCCAUGACCAUUCUUCGCUCUCUCGCCUUGUUGUUCUCUUCACAGUCAGGUGCUCUGUCUAAUCUUCUAUGUGUUCAGGUUAAACUUGAAUUCAUUUGGCUUCGUGCUCACUUAGCCUAUGUAGUUUUUGGCUUAGUCUAGCUUGCAGGUGCUUGUGCAAUUGGAUUUUGCGCGUCUUUUUUGGUUUAUCCUCUGUUUGGUUGCUGAGAAAACUUUAAAAUCUUUGAAUCACAAAGGUUCAGAAAAACGAAAGCCUUGGUCAACCGAGUAAAAUAUAUUUAUUUUUCUGGAUGACGUGAGGUUUUCCAUUUUUUAUUUAUUUAAAUUUCUAAAAAACCAAUCAGAGCAUUAUUAUUAUUAUUAUUAUUAUUAUUAAUAUAGUUUUAGUAUUUGCAUGUUUAUUGGAUCAUCCUUUGCCAAAUCUGUGGGAAAUGUCGAUAGUUUCAGUUUCGGCGAUGUUAAUUCUGGAUAGAAUCUCGUAAUGCGAUUGAUGAUUUUCAUAUCAAGAAUUUCAUAAACUCAAUGCGUUCAAAACCUGAAGUAAAAUUAAUGAUUCAACUUUGAAUUUGACGACCAAGUCCUGGUGAACGUAUUGAUGCGGUGUUGGAUCACUCUGCAUGUUAUGUUACAGUUUAAUAAUUAUAAACUAUUCGUAACAGUUUGAUAACUUUAGUAAAUUGGCUUAUGUGGAAUCUGUUGCUCUUGGAGGAGCACUUGGAUUGCGUUUAGUUAUAGAGUUUGGAUUUAGUUACAGGGUUUGGAUUUGAUCUGAAACUCCAAAUCUAUGGAGUUAGAAGUUAUUGCUUUUACCAUGAAAUUGUUUCGGUUGAUUUGGGAACUAGGAAUGUAAUUGAAUUUCUGAAGCCAUUGUUAGACAAAACAACCGAACAGAAGAUUUUGGAUUGAAGCCUCCAAAUAACAAUUCCAUGCAACCGCCUCAAUCUUAUGAUUAUCGUGGGGAGAUGUAAAGAAGCUUGAUGAGCAUAAUCAUAGAAAUGGUUGAUGCUACUCAGUUGAUUACGUGGUGAAAGAAUGGAGACUGAGUUCAUUUAGCCCCAAUCAUAUGCUCACAACCAAACUUUGUGGUGGGGGCCUUCUGGCUUAUUCCGAGUCAAAAUCAUACCCAGGUGUAAGGAGUCUUGGUUCCUCUGAAGAUGAUAACAAGAAAAAGAGGGUGGUGGUACUUGGAACUGGUUGGGCUGGAACCAGUUUUUUGAAGAAUUUGAAUAAUUCAUCAUAUGAUGUUCAGGUGGUAUCACCUCGCAAUUAUUUUGCAUUCACUCCUCUGCUACCAAGUGUUACAUGUGGCUCAGUAGAAGCUCGCAGCAUUGUUGAACCAAUUCGCAAUAUUGUUAAAAAGAAAAAUGUAGAAAUUCAUUUCUGGGAAGCUGAAUGUAUCAAAAUUGAUGCAGAAAAUAAGAAAGUUUAUUGUAAAUCUAGUCAAGACACCAAUUUGAACGGGGAAGAAGAAUUUGUUGUGGACUAUGACUACCUUGUAAUAGCAAUGGGUGCCCGUUCUAAUACAUUCAACACUCCUGGUGUAGUGGAAAAUUGCCAUUUCUUGAAGGAAGUAGAAGAUGCUCAGAGGAUUCGUAGGAGUGUUAUUGACUGCUUUGAAAGGGCCAGCCUACCUAACCUGACCGAUGAAGAGAGGAAGAGAAUUCUUCAUUUUGUGGUUGUUGGUGGAGGCCCAACUGGAGUGGAGUUCUCUGCUGAGCUCCACGAUUUUGUAAAUGAAGAUUUAGUCAAGUUAUAUCCCACAGUCAAAGAUUUGGUGAAAAUAACACUUCUUGAGGCGGGUGAUCAUAUUUUAAACAUGUUUGACAAAAGAAUCACAGCUUUUGCCGAGGAUAAAUUUCAUAGAGAUGGUAUUGAUGUGAAAACAGGGUCUAUGGUUGUUAAAGUAUCUGAUAAAGAAAUCUCUACCAAGGAAAGAGGAAAUGGGAACAUUACCUCAAUACCGUAUGGAAUGGCUGUCUGGUCAACUGGUAUUGGGACUCGUCCUGUCAUAAUGGAUUUUAUGAAGCAAAUUGGUCAGACUAAUAGGCGUGCUUUAGCAACUGAUGAGUGGCUACGAGUGGAGGGACGUGACAGCAUAUAUGCACUAGGUGAUUGCGCUACAAUUAAUCAACGCAAAGUCAUGGAAGAUAUUUCUGCAAUAUUUAGCAAGGCAGACAAGGACAAUUCUGGAACACUUACAGUCAAGGAGUUUCAAGAAGUCAUUGAUGAUAUCUGUGAACGAUACCCCCAAGUGGAGCUUUAUUUGAAGAAUAAGCAGAUGCAUGAUAUUGUUGAUCUGUUGAAGGAUUCAAAAGGAGAUGUUGCAAAGGAAUCCAUUGAAUUGGAUAUUGAAGGGUUUAAAUCAGCUCUUUCCCAAGUGGAUUCUCAGAUGAAGAAUCUUCCAGCAACAGCUCAGGUUGCAGCUCAACAAGGUGCUUACCUUGCUAGUUGUUUCAACCGUAUGGAAGAGUGUGAACAAAAUCCAGAAGGUCCUCUCAGGUUCAGGGGAUCAGGCCGCCAUCGGUUUCAUCCCUUUAGGUACAAGCAUUUUGGACAAUUUGCUCCAUUGGGAGGAGAGCAAACAGCGGCCCAACUUCCUGGAGACUGGGUUUCCAUUGGUCACAGCAGCCAGUGGCUUUGGUAUUCUGUGUACGCAAGUAAGCUUGUCAGCUGGCGCACAAGGGCAUUGGUGAUAUCGGACUGGACAAGGCGUUUCGUUUUUGGGAGGGACUCUAGUCGCAUCUGAGGCACCUAAUAGGUUAUAGAGUCUCCUCUUGCAUUCCACCUAUAUUCUUUAAUAAUUCAAGUCAUCCACGCUUCUCAGUUUCAUACUAUACUGCCCAGUGAGGCAAAUUUUGUUUUUGUAUCUUGAUUGAUUUACUGAUUCAUCAAUAAUUUAGAGCAGUAAGUAUGCUCUGUUCAUAA